UUUUUUUUCUUCCUUUUAACCCAGACCCAAUGACCGUACACAUUUCUUUCCUCUGAUUUUUGCAUUUAAGCCUAUGCUGGACGCGUUUUAACCCAAAUGCAAAGGCCGUGGCGGGUCAUAUGAUUUUAGGCGCAGCUACUGGCAAGAGAAAGCAGGGCUUUUAAUUUCACUUUUGGAUUUGCAGGGAAGAGAGCCGCGGGAAGGGCAGGACGCCUUUCUCUUUCAGGCUCCGCAGUCGAGGACGGAUCUGGGGUGGGGGCGGCAGGCGCGGCGGCGAAACAUGUCAGCGGCAGAAAGCCCGAACCCGAGAGUCCCUCUGGCUCUCCUCUCAGCGUCGGCAGGGCGUGGAGAAGCGGGCUUUCGGAGUGCGCAAAAACUCUCGGAAUGUCACCGGCGAGAACGGUUCUCGACGGGCGGGGAUCGCCCCCCCACUCGCAACUUUCCUUCAAGCCCAGCGGAGACGAACUCAUGGAGUUGCGGAACGGGGCGCUGCUUUGCCAUCCGCUGGCCAGGCGGACGGUCUCUUUGGUAAUCGGGAAACCGAGAGGAAACAAUGCCUGUGGAAAGAAUGCGAAUGCGGCCAUGGCUAGAGGAACAAAUAAAUUCAAACAAAAUCCCAGGGCUGAAAUGGCUAAAUGAGGAAAAGAAGAUUUUUCAGAUUCCUUGGAUGCAUGCCGCACGUCACGGGUGGGAUGUCGAGAAAGAUGCUCCUUUAUUUCGGAAUUGGGCCAUUCACACUGGAAAGUACCAGCCAGGAGUUGAUAAAGCAGAUCCAAAGACAUGGAAGGCCAAUUUUCGAUGUGCGAUGAACUCCUUGCCAGACAUAGAAGAAGUUAAAGACAAAAGCAUCAAGAAAGGGAACAAUGCUUUUAGAGUGUAUCGGAUGCUGCCGUUAUCUGAGAGGCCUUCUAAGAAAGGAAAGAAACCAAAGUCUGACAAGGAAGAUAAAAUUAAACAAAUUAAGCAAGAACCAGAGGAGUGCUCUUAUCAGCUGAGUAAUGGAACAAGUCCAGAAUUUUCUAAUUACUGCUUGUCUUCGACAAUAAAAACUGAAGUCGACAGUACAAUAAACAUUGUAGUUGUAGGAGAAUCACACUUUGAGGUUGAUUCUGAGGAUCACAUGAUAGUUCCCAAUCCUCCAGACGUUUGCCAAGUAGUAGAGGUAACAACAGAAUGUGAUGACCAGCCCAGCUGCAUGAGUCAACUAUAUCCACUACAAAUUUCUCCUGUCUCUUCCUAUGCAGCAGAAAGUGAAACAACAAAUAGCAUCCCGAGUGACGAAGAAAAUGCACAAAGUCAACUUCAGUGGCAAAAGAAAAACAUCGGUGGGAAGCAAUAUUACAGCAAUUUGGGCACAAGGAAUCCACCUUACCCACUUCCUAGUAUGGCCACCUUUGUGACUUCUAACCAACCUGACCUCCAGGUGACCAUCAAAGAAGAAAGCUGCCCUUUGCCUUAUAGCAGCUCAUGGCCUUCUUUUACAGAUCACCCUCUCCAACAAAUAGUUUGCUCCGCUUCUACCAGCUAUACUAGCAGGCCUCCAGAUCAUGAAAACCGGGCAAGUGUCAUCAAGAAAACCUCAGAUAUCACUCAGUCAAGACUCAAGAGCAGCUAAGCCAUUCACUGAUAUGUUCCUGGCAGAUGCUAUUUUAUGGCUUUGAGGGGCAUACCUAGUGGGAGCUCUACAAAUUUAAGGAAAACCUGGAUAGUACAGGAUAUGACUGUGUAUCAACUCCAUCAUUGGAGCAUCUUAAACUCAGGACUCCGAUCAUCAGAAUGUUGGAGUUCCAAGAUUACAGCCCAGGGAAUGGAGGUUCACCUAGAAGUGUAUUGCCAAGCUUCCUCAAGCAUCCCUCCCAACAGUCCCUCCCAACAGAAGCACUUCAUUUCUUGCAGCCAUCAUGAUGAACUCCAAACUUUUGGAAGGAAAGAGAAAAUGUGAACUCGCUGGAUAUUUUUUUCUGCAGAAUCUAUUGUUAAUAUGUACAUAAUGCAGCACUAGCAAUAUUGCAGUCUGCUUCCGCACCUUAUUAAAAAAAUAGCACUUGCAAAAAAGGCCUUUUAUUAAUUAAUGGCACAUUUAAAGCUCCAGGUUUGAUCUCUCUGAGGGCUUUUCUGACAUAUGUAGCCUUGGAAUCUGGAAAUAUGAAUUAAAAAGGAAGGUAAAACUUCCCAUGUACAUUUCACAGAUUGUUUUGAAGAGUGCUUGUCUUAUUUGUGUCUAAUCUGCUAUGCUUGAAAUCUGUGUGGUACAAUAGAAGAAAAUAUAUUACAGAUAUAUUAUGCAAAUUCCUAGGUUUUAAAGAAAUUUUUCCCUAAUUCUAACCAGAGUAAGCUUUUUUAUUUUUUUAUACAGUGGAAUAUUUUAUUCAAAGUAAAAUUCUAAAGUGAAUAUAAUUGUUUCAAGUUUUUUAUCUUUUCUACAGCAAAUUUAUAAUUUUACAAUUUAGUGUUUGGUUGUCAGCAGCUAUCACAUCUUUGUGGCACAUUUCUUUUUUUCAUUUUCUCCCUCUCUUCCUCUCUUUUUCUCUUUUUUACAAUUUGUAAAGGUGAAAUAAUGAGUUUUAUGUAGCAAUCAAAAUAUCCUGUGGAUUAAUAAUAAAUAUUACAUAUAGCUAAGUUUUAAAUAAAUACUUUGUCUACAUUUAUGAAAUGGUUAAAAUCAUAUAAGGGGUGAGUUGAGAAAUAUUGUGAUGAGCAACAAAAGGAGAAAAUGAUGAAUACCUGGGCUCAAAAAUUGUAUCAAAACACGAAUAUUUAACAAAACGCCAUGGAAUUCAAUCAGAGAAUUAUAUUCAGCAGGUCCUGAAAUAAAAUGAAUGCUAUUUCCUAAUUUUUAAACAUGAAACAUGUUAAAUGGCCUCAUAAGCCUACUUUCAAAUAAAAUACUUCAUAUUUAAUUUA